CGUUGAUUCUUCAAUAGUUUCUCGCAAGCGAAUUGAGAAAGUGGUUCUAACUGCGAAUUCAAAUUUGCGCAAAUUCAGCAAAUAUCCUACAAAUAAAAUAAAAAAAACUAAUACUAAGUUAUUUUGACUGAAAACUAAACAAAAAUGUCAAGUUUGCCAAUUCUAUUGAAUUUAAUUGACGAAUUGGACCGUGAUCCUCUCUACUACGGCAAUGAUUUCGGCUUGGGUUUGCAUCCACACCACAUUCAUCGCCAUCACCAUCAUCGUCACGAGCCAGCUGCUUCCAAUGCUAUUGGCUAUACGCUGCCAUUGAGUUUGGUAAAUCGUUUGGGCGAACGAGCGCUGAGUCGACCGCGGCAGCAGGGCGAAAGCCGUCUGUCUCCAGUGGGCAAAGAUGGCUUACAGGUGUGCAUGGAUGUGGCACAGUUCAAGCCCAGUGAGCUGACUGUAAAAGUAGUUGAUAAUAGCAUUAUUAUCGAGGGCAAACAUGAGGAACGUGAGGAUGAACACGGUUACAUUGCACGACACUUUGUACGUCGCUAUGCGCUACCGAAGGGAUAUGACGCUGAUAGGGUAAUUUCAACGCUAUCAUCAGACGGUGUCCUCACAGUUAGCGCUCCAAAGCCACAGGAGGAAAAAUCCAACGAACGUGUUGUACAAAUUCAACAAACCGGUCCGGCACAUUUGAAUGUCAAACACAAUACGGAGGAAAAGAUUGGUGAUGCCAACGGCGAGGCCGAACAGAAGUAAAUGGCAGAGAGAAGACUAUUAAUGCAUACAUUUAAUUCAUUCCAGAUGUGCGAAACGCGUAGUGAUUAGUAAUACCAAUGUAUUUUCGAUAAAUACUACUAGUUUUAGCAUUAGUUACUGCAUAUAUGCGGUGCACUCAUUUAUCUGUACAUUCAAUUUCGAUGUAAUAUUUUAAGUUUUUGAUUCUUAAUACUUUUGUUUAAAUUAAUAUGACAGAGAUCAUUCAUUCAUUAAAAAUAAAUACAUUUAGAAUAGAAAUGGAA